ACCCGUCGGGACUCGGGAUCGGGAUGAAUAACAGCCACGCCUCCUAGCGGCGUGUAUGAACUUGUAUCAUGUUGUUGUUUUCCUGUUGAACUUGAAAAUUUGAUUUGUCAAAACACUUAUCUGUGAAAAUUGUCCAAACGAACUGUAGAAUGCCCAAAGAAAAGCGACGAUCCUCACGUUCUCCUAGUCGUAGAAAGAGAUCGAGGUCAAGAAGCCCGAGAAAACACGAUAGCAAGAAAUACGACGAAAAAGAGCCACGAGAAAAGAAACAUGCAGCCAAAAUCAACCUAGAAUUUUCCUUUGAAGAUUAUAAAAAAGAUUUAGAUACACUCUUUUUCACCGACCGCGAUGUGAUAAAAAAGUCUACACCACAGUAUGAAGAAUUUUGGAAGUUUUUCAACAAAUACCAAAUUAUGAGGAAACGGCAAGGAGUUACCCAAUGGAUUCCACCCAAGUCAAAUCCAACGAAUGAACUGGGUAUCCCCACAGUUUAUCACCGUUCAUUCAUGCUCAACUUUGGUCUAAACCUUCCACCCCCAGACAAGUUACUUUGUCGCAUACCUCCAGUAGAGUACUCUGAAAGAAAGUCUGCACGUCCAAGGCUGACUAGGGAGCAGUUGAUGGAGUUUCACCAGAUAAUUCUUCUCUAUUUGGAAUUCUUACAGAGAGAAAAAAUGGUAAAAUUGAAGAAGUUGAGAGAAAGUCAAGACAAAUUACCCAUUGCUCAAUUCAAAGAUGAAAUUAUCAAGACUGUUUUAGAAAAGCAAGUUAUAAUUAUUGCUGGUGAUACUGGUUGCGGAAAAUCGACUCAAGUACCCCAAUACUUGCUUCAGGCUGGUUUUUCCAGGAUCGCUUGCACACAGCCCAGACGAAUUGCUUGCAUCUCUCUUUCGAAAAGAGUUGCUUACGAAACGUUGAAUGAGUUUGGUUCAACAGUUGGCUAUCAAAUUCGUUUCGAGAAAAGUAAAACCCAAGCCACACGGAUCGUGUUUGUCACUGAAGGGCUUGUACUUAGGCAAAUUUCAUCCGAUCCCACAUUGUCUGAUUAUGACAUUAUUGUACUGGACGAAGUACAUGAACGACAUCUUGCCGGUGAUUUCCUGUUAGGAGUGAUGAAAUGUCUAGUCCAGUCACGAAAAGAUCUUAAACUGAUCCUCAUGUCUGCCACAAUUAAUAUUGGUCUGUUCCAACAAUAUUUCCAAGGUCAGGCUCCUGUAAUUCAAGUUCCUGGUCGCUUGUUUCCUAUUCAAGUGCAGUAUCUUCCCAUCGUGCCGGAGGAGAGAGUAACUAAAACGGGCAAAAUGAAUCCUUCACCUUAUUUAAGAAUUCUGCAGUUAAUUGAUGGCAAAUACAAAGUAGAGGAACGAGGAGACUUGCUCAUGUUCCUCAGCGGGUUGAAUGAAAUCACUUCCGUGGAAGAAGUGGUUAAAGAAUACGCCCAACAGAACCAGCGAUGGAUUGUCUUGCCACUGCACAGUACUCUAUCCAUCGCCGAACAAGACAAAGUCUUUGAUUAUCCACCGGAAGGCGUCCGCAAAUGUAUCAUCGCCACAAAUAUAGCCGAAACAUCCAUCACUUUAGAUGGAGUUCGAUUCGUGGUGGAUUCCGGUAAAGUCAAAGAAAUGAGUCACGAUCCAAUUUCCAAGCUCCAGCGUUUACAGGAAUUUUGGAUCAGCCGAGCGAGUGCAGAACAGCGUAAAGGGCGAGCCGGACGAACGGGUCCCGGUGUUUGCUUCCGCCUUUAUUCUGAAAAAGAGUACGGAGAUUUCGCCGCUUACGCAACGCCCGAAAUCCAACGGGUUCCUCUCGAUUCGAUGAUUCUUCAAAUGAUCUCAAUGGGCUUGCCAGAUGCUCGACUUUUUCCUUUUAUCGAACCGCCAUCCGGGGAUGCGGUGGAAAACUCCAUUACAACGCUAAAAGAAAAAGAGGCGUUAACGAUUGACGAGAAACUGACGACCAUUGGGAAAUGCCUUGCAGGAUUACCAGUUGACAUCACCUUGGGCAAAAUGCUGUUAAUGGGUUCGAUUUUCGGUCAAGUGGAGGCCGUGCUGGCCCUGGCUGCAGCCUUGAGCGUCCAGACACCAUUUACCAAUCGAGCCUACCGUGACACAGACUGCGAAUCGGCGCGUAAAGAGUUGGAUUCUGAUCACGGGGAUCCCCUGACGCUCCUUAAUGCCUACAAAGCUUGGCUCGAGAUCAAGGCUAGCAACCAGGGUCACACCAGUCGGAAAUGGUGCAAGAAACGAGGGUUGGAAGAGCAACGCUUUUACGAAAUGACAAAGCUCAGACAGCAGUUUCGACACAUCCUUUCCGACGCGGGACUCCUUCCUGGGCAGGAUUCCAAACAGAAUACCAGCUCGUCCCAACGAGCUGUCCGGCACGGCCAACUGCAACACCUGAGGUCUCUCAAGCGCGACUUUAUUCGCUCCGGCCAGCGGAAACGGAAAGUCCUGAAACUCGGCGAAGACAUAGAGGACAUGGACGACGACGACGAUGAAGAUGAAAACGGCGAACAAGCGGAGAUGCCAACUGGGGGCAAAAUCGAUAUCAAAGAUGUUGAAUUUCGAUUGCAACACGACCAGUCAACGGUGCGAUCACUUUUGAGUGGCGUCACCUCGGCCGCCACGUCCCUUCAAGAUCUUAUGCUCUUAAAAUUGAUCCUGGCCAGUGGCCUGAGCCCUCAAGUGGCGCUAGCAGAUGAAUUUAACAACUACAAGUCAACAUCCGACCAAUUGUUCCACACUCGAGCCAAGCCUUUCACAGCCCUUCAUCCUAUGGGCGUCUUUGCCAACCACCCAGAGCCUCUCCAGUUGCUGGAACAAGACAUUAUCCAAGUGCCGGAUUUCCCCACAAAGUUGCCCGUUUCCAGCAAGCACCAAUUGCUGAUGUAUGUGACUUUGCUGGAGACCAACAAAUUGUAUCUCAUGAACGCUUUCCGCAUGCCGGCAGCCCAGACUCUCCUUCUGUUCUCACAGUCCAUCGAUACCAAUGGCGAUUUCGCCCGGCUGGUUUGCGACUCUUGGUUGGAACUUUAUUUUGUGGACGCAGCGGCAGCUCAGAGUCUCCUGUUGAAAGCGUGCCAGUUGCGUUACCGCUGGAACGACCUCCUUAUGCUGCGACUGGAUCCUAAUCGUCCACUAAAGGAGAAAGACGUCCAGAAACUGGAACAGAAAAUGAAACGAAUGCAGAGAGAUUUGCACUACGACCUGAUUGCCUUCACGCAAACUCAAAUUUUGUACACCAUUAAACGACUUUUAGCAGCUGAUUUGAAGGUUAUUUACCGGGGCCAUGCUCUAGAAUCUGAAACUCCAAAUGAAGAAAUGCCAAAUGAGAUUAACCCGUUCUGGCCAGAAUUCCAAGCAGUCGCCCAUCCAAGGAAAGGUGGGCUGCAAAUGGCCGACUUUCUUGUUUACGGAUGUUUGGAAGAACCCGAUUUCACCCAAGAUUAUCUCAGCACACCAUGGGCUUGUCCUAUAUGCGAACUCAAUUUCUACCUGACUGGUCUAGGACGAUUGAGGCACCAGGUCCAGUGCCAGAAGACAAAAGAGUUGAUGGAAGGAGGUCAGGGUGAACCAGCAGAAGCUUCCGAGUCGAAAACGGGUUAUUUCUGUCCCGAUUGUCGCACCACUGUGGAGCUGACCGGCAUUGAUUUACUGCGUCAUCAAAGGAAGCACCAACAGGAAAAGUCCAGCAAACCUGAGGCAGAUUAGUCCUAUACACGCAGAAAGAAGCCUUGCCCAAAGUCCUUCAAAUUAAACACGUGGGACACGUCGACACCAGCACUCAUUUCCGCUGCGCAUUUUUGCGAACAUCAUCACAUUAUAAUCCCCCUAAACUCAAGGUUGAAUAAAGACCUCUGUAAUACGACGCUGAAUUGGAAUUUAUUUGCAAUGAAUUAUAGUUUUAUUCAGAGUCAUGGAAGCGUAAAUACAUAACGGUUUUUAUCUUG